GAUUUGGACUCACAGUUAUUUUGCAGAGACAGAAACAUGUAGAGAAGGAGACGGAGAAAGAGAAAGAGAUAGAGACAGAGACAGAGACAGCGAAAUAAAAAUGGGGUCGAGAGCGAGAGCAGCCGGGGCAUUACCAAACCUCAUUCGGACCCUCCGGAAAGAAGCCCGCCCGAAACACGCAACCCAACAAUCACUCCCGUCUCUCAGGCGCGCCUUCUCUCUCUACGAUCAGAUCAAUCUCAUCGACAACGUCCCCGACGACCAGCUUCGCUUUCAACGGUACACAGAGAAUGGAUUCACAGUGAAUGGUGUGGACUAUGAAGGAAGCUUGCUUUGUGUGGGAAAUAUGUUGAUGUCUUGGGCUCCCACGAAAUUCUCUGAUGUCACUCCCGAUAGCUUAUCAAUCUUCAAACUUGUGCGGCCUAUACCUGAGAUUUUGAUUCUCGGCUGUGGGAGAAACAUUGAACCCGUAGAUCCUGAACUACGACGCUACAUUCGUUCUACGGGAAUGAAGUUAGAAGCCGUUGACUCGAGAAACGCUAUAUCAACUUACAACAUUCUGAACGAAGAAGGUAGGAUUGUGGCUGCUGCACUCUUGCCAUACGGAGCGGCUUAAUGAUGCCGGAGACUCGGUGCAAGAUGCUUGUUUUCCGCGUUGUAAGGAUCACUCAUCACUAGGUACACACAACUUCGAGAAAACGAAUGCAUUGAUCAAGUAACUAGUGUAUUUGGGAGGCAUUCAUAACAUAAAACGAGGAAGUAUUUUAUCAAGUAUAAAUGUGUCACAUUCUGGAAUGAAUUGCUUGUUACGUGAUCCUAUUCUUUUUAUGGCUUGUGUUUUUUAA